GCAGAACGAAAAUCUCCGUCUAAAAUCUGUGGAUUAGAACAGAGUGCCAAAGAAGCAAACUGUCAUGAAAAGAAAACAAACAUAUUUUGAUAGUGAAUAAAUAUAACUUUCUUCAAUUCAAGUAUUUUUAAGACCAUAUACCGGUGGAUGAAAACAGUGAUGAAUGGACGUUGGUAAGUUGGUAAGGACACCGGCCAAGCAGAAGAGACAGCUUUCCACACACGGAAGAAAGGAUUUUCUUAGUUUAUCGUUAUUGGGAAAUGCAUAAUUGAAUCACCAUUGCAUGUCGUGCCGGUCGCCGUGCGCUGACUCAGACUCGUGCUUCGCCCUCUCGCCGCCGCCGCGCUCGACGACCCCUGUGGCGCCCCAGGGCCCCCACGGCCCCCACGGCCCCCCGCGCCCCGCGCUAUGCCGGGGCCAAGGCCCCACGUAGCGAACGGGGUGGACGUGGAGGGGCUGCUCCGCGAGGCGCGACGCGCCCUGGACGUCCUGGACUCCCCGCCGACCCCCGACGACAAUGCGGGGGUGCCGGCAGUGGCCGCCGCCGGGGCCGACGGACGGCCUGCCGGGGGCUGUAGCGCUGAGGACAUCGCGCUGCUGCGACAACUGCUCGUCAAGGACCCCCACCGCAUCAGCGUGAAGCACGACUACCACAUCCUCCGGUCCGUGAUUAGCGGGUGCUGGGGUCUCCGCCACAGUGAUGGUGCCGACGACGGGGUCCCCGCCGGGGCUGCCACCGAGGGGCAGGUCCUGGUGCUGGCGCUGGUGCUGGCGGCCCGGCUGCCCCUGGACGGCUUGCUCCUCGCGGCGCAGGCCCUGUACCACGCCCUGCCGGACACCCUGGCCCUGGCACUGCUGCGGACCCUGGCCCAGGACCCCGGCUGGAAGGACUCGGCCGUGCUGGCGCUGCACCACGGGCUGCUGGCCGUGGCCGUGUCCCUCGUGCCCUGCCUGGACGAGGAGGGUGGCGCCGAGCAGACGACGCGCAGGCCGGGGCAGCCCUCGGUCGCUGGCCCCGGCCUGCGCCGGGCGGUGGUCGACGCGGUGCUGGGCGCCACCAUCAAGUGCACGCUGCGCGAGUGCAGGGCCACCUCGCACCGCACCAAGGCCGCCUUCAAGAUGCUGCUCGCGUACCUCUGCACGGUGACGCGGUGGCGGCGAGUGCCGGCCGAGCUGGACGAGAUCGUGAUGCUUGUGUCGACGAGCUGGGAGGUGCCGCUGCCCGGCGUGCGCGAGUCCAACGAGGCCGUGCUGGUGCAGCUGCAGCACAUGGCCGUGCAGAGCGCCGCCUGGCCGAGGCCGUCCGAGAGCGUGGCCGAGGCCGAGGCCGUGGUGGAGGCCCUGCGACGGAUCCGCGACACUGCCGGCCGCUGGGCCGCGGUUCUGCACGCGACGUCGUGGCGCUCCAAGGACAAGUACCUGCAGCUCAAGGUGCUGGCGCCGCACUUGGGCCGGGCCGCGCUGCUGUGCGACAUGGACGCCGUGCUCAUGGAGGGGCUGCUCCUCGGCACGGCCGACCCGCACCUGGCCUCGGCGGCCACGGCCGUGUACCGCGUCAUCCUGGCGGCCAUCGACGUGGACGCCUGGCACGGCCACUGCUUCAAGCACGUCACUCAGGCCCUCGCCGCGCGGGACAGGAAGCUGGUCAUCAACGUGCUCAACUACUGGGUCAGCCCCACGGUGAAGGCGUUUCCGAGCACGCUGCCCUCGCUCCUGGCCGCCAUGAAGGGCCCCAUGGACGCCGCCAUGGCCGGUGACAGGGCCCACGAACACACAUUCGCCCACGCCGCCUUCCUGCACCUGCUCAAGAUCGGCCGCAAGGAGGGGUUCUGGGACCCACUGGAUCCGGCCCCCGAGGUGUCGGAGUACUGGGCCGCGGUGCAGUGGGGGCUGCGCCACGGCGACACGUGGGUGCGGGGGGUGGCGUUCGCGGCCGCGUGCGUGUCGGCUCGGCCGCGGCAGCCCGUGAGCGCGCGCGAGUUGGAGGCCGCGAUGCGCUUCCUCGACGCCAACGUGCGCUCCGACGACACGCGGCUGCGCCACUCGCUGCUCGAGUCGCUGGGGUGGCUGCUGAUGCGCGUGCGGACGUCGCUGCGGACGCUGCUGGCGCUUCCCGGCGGCGACGCGGAGGACAACGCCGAGCUGGCGGCCGCGGCGCGCUUCCUCGCCGACCUGCACCUCUUCGUGCUGGACGGGUUGCAGCCAGGCGCCAACUACCAACGGCGUGCCACCUGCCUCGGCGUGUACCGACUCAUGCUCAGCUACUUGUCACCGGAGCCCGGCCAGCCCGGCCAGCCGGCCGCGGCCUCGGCCAUCGGCCUCAAGAAGGGCGUCAGCAAAGACCCCAUGCCGCGCAGCGCCGUCGUCAGCCGCCACCUCUGCCUGGGGUCCGCUGCUGCCCGACGCGUGCUGCUCAACUGCAUCAUGGACCCCACGGACGACGUGCGCGCCAAGGCGGCCGAAGUCCUGGCCAUGCUGCCUGCCGACGCCGCGGGACGCCGCGGACGCCGCGGACGAUGUCCACGACGCCCGAGGCCUGCCGACCUGGGACCACGUGCUGGCGCUGUGCAACAGCCCUCUCUUCUUCCAGGCCGAGAGUGGCGCGGUGCUGGGCGCCGUGCUGUGCACCGCCACGUCGAGCCCAUGGACUUGGUGGCGGCGUGCGAGCGGCAGCUGGCCGCCCUGCGCGCCGACGUGUUGAGCGCGGCGUCCGAGGGCAGCCCCCUCCACGGCCUUCUUGGCCUGGUGCGCCGCCUGCUGCCGGCCAGAAGCGCCCAGGGCAAACGCGAGGCGGGCCGGUGGGCCGGCGCCGAGGGCCGCUUGCUGGGCCUGCUGGAGGACAACGUGGACCUCUGCCUCAACCUCCUCGCCUGCAGGGCGUCGUCCGACUCGGCGUUCGCCCCGAGCUUCGCAGAGAUGGGGGAGGCCAUCGACAGCAUGGUGUCGCGGCCGUCGUCGGACGUGGAGGUGGCGGACGAGGAGGCGCUGCCGCUGACGCUCUCCCCCGCGCACCAGCUCGUGCUCAACUGCAUCUGGCUCAACCUCAAGGCGAGCUGCGCGCUGGCCAGCGACCUGGCCGAGGUGGACUUCCCCGGCCUGGUACAGAGCUGCUCGCGGCGCGACUUCGCGGAGCGGUGCGCCCGGCUCUCCGUCGUCGUGCUGACGCGGUGCCGCCACAAGGGCGCCAUUGAGGCAGCAGGGACGGCCCUGCAGCAGGUCGUCAGGACCCUCACGGAGCAGGCGGACUUGGCGCUACGGCGACUUCCUCACACUCUGCUGAUGGAGUUCAUGUCGCUUCUCCUGGAAGGGAGCACCGCGAAAGGGACCUCAGUGUCGAGGCGGUCUGCAGGGAUGGCUAUUUUGGUGCAUCGUGUUGUCCUGGGGGAUCAGCAGCCGGAUAAGCCUCUACUGCAUGAUUGUAUUUCCUGUUUGUUUGAGCUGCUUGGGUGCAAUGUGAGCCAGUCUGCAUUAGAGGGAGCUCAGCACGACCUUCCUCAGACCCAAGCCUUGCACUUUCUUCGCACGUUGGUGGCUGAUGCUUCCUUACGUGUAGCAAUGUCACCUUACGUCUGUCAGGCUGCCCUCUUUUGCUUCAGGCACCUUAACUCACCUGUAUGGAGUAUACGAAAUGCAAGUCUUCAGCUUUUCGGUGCUCUUGUGCCAAAAAUUGUGGGCCAAGGAAAAUCAUCCAAUGAUGCUGAAGAAGAGGAUGAUACUUUAGUAGGGUGCAUCAGUUUUGGAGACUUAGUAGUUCGCUUUAAUCCUCUUUGUAAUCUACUGCUAGAAAUUUUAAAAUCUGUACCAGCUGAAGGGAAUGUACUUAAAAACCAAGCAGAACUUAUUCCUGCACUCUCUCUUUUGGCACGAUUGUCAGUUUCAGAACUAGUCCCGUGGUUGGAAGGGGAGUAUAAAUGUGUGAAAUCAUCUUUCCUGCAACUUUUGUCUAGUCCUAUUUCAGUUGUACGUUCUCUAGCUGCCAAGGCCUUUUCAAGGUUUACUCCUCUUGUUGGCUCAGCAAGUGCUUUUGAAGAGCUGUUGGAAAUUCUACUAAAGCAGAGUAGUACUGAAAAUGGCAGGAAUGGAAUUCUGACAGCCAUGAAACUUAUUAAAGAGUAUAUCAAUCUAGAAGGCCAACUUACACAGGCAGCUAUUUCAGAGAAAGAGAAAAUGUCUUACUUAAUUCGCAAUAAAAUGAACAACUGUAACUGGAAUCUUUUAUCUUACGCAAGUCAAGCUAUAGUUUUAUCUAUUUUGGAAGUGCAAACUAAUCUUGAAAACGUGGAAACCUCUCUUCAAAUUUUAAGUAAAAUAUCCUCUGUUACUGGACAAACUAAUAUUGGAAUCACUCAAUGGGUAUCUGCAAAUAUGAGACAUAUUGUGACUGAUUGCAAAAUUGAAGCCUUGCCAACUAUUUUAAACAAGUCUUUAGGCCUGCCGAGUAGUACUGAUGUUCCAAGGGCUGCUGCGUUGUAUGUCCAUAGAAGGUUGAAUAGAAAUGUUUCAACUACUGCUAUGCAAGAAAUUUUAAACGUGUGUAUGAACAACCUAGGCAGUACUUCAACCCUCUCUAAUUAUGAAACAUUCCAUGUGUUAAAUAUAAUUUUAAAAAUAAUUGUCAUUGUCAGUGACAGACAGGCAACUCUAGUUUGUGACAUGGAUAAAGUUACCCAGAUAUCACAAGAUUUAUCCUCAUCAAAACUUGGUGCUCGUUGCAAAGCUAUCACACUUCCCAUUUUAGCAGGGCUAAUAAUGUUUCUUGUAAGCAAUUGGACAAUGCAGGAAGGUCAAAUCACAAUUUUAAUCAUGGAAAUAUUUUUGGAAGAUUGGCAGAUACUCUGCAAAAGUAUAGUCUGCCUGAUAAUGAUGAAGACUACCGGUUUGCUGCUGCAACAGUUGAGAUUUGCUGGGACAGUGGUGCAGCAUAGGAGGCACUUGAGCCCAAAUCAAGAAGAGUCAGAAGAGAACAUAAAAUCAGAAACUACUUCUUUAAUUUUACAUACAGCCAUUCGGCUACUUCAAGAUGAGGACAGUCAAGUACGAGAUGAGGCGUCUAAAUUCGUAACGUAUCUUUUCCAAGCUGUUCCCAGAACAUUAAAUUCAUUGGAAUGCUUGGAAGUAUUACUUACUUGUGAAUUUCUGUGCCUCUUUUUGGGAAGUAACCAAAAUGUUGUAAGGUUCUUGUGGCAGUUUUUGUCUAUAGAAGAUCUAAACUUAAGCUUAUCUAAAGACAAUUACAUAGAGAAUCCAUUUGAUCAUGGGUCAAAAAAUAUUUUCUCUGAAGAAAUAUGGAUUCUUGAGAAAGCUGGCAGAUCAUUGACAACCAUUAAGAAACAAAACCUGGGCAUGGAAACCUUCAGCUUAACCAUCAAUGAGCCUCCAAUUGCAACUACUCAGCUCCAGAGAAACUUAUCAAGUUUGGAAACAUUAGGUCAAUGCAAAUCAGAUAAAAGAGGUUCUGUUCGAGAAAACUGGUUGGCAGCUGCUAUGUGUUUACAGAUGAGGAAAAUCAAUUUUAGACUUGACCUGCUCUCUAAAGACAUUAAUUCAGAGUGUGUAACUCUUCAUAAAAAAAUGUGCAAUGUUUCAAAUUUUACAUUUUAUUUGUAACUUGAGUAAAAAUAAAUAAAUAAAUAAAUGUCUUUUGUAAUUUGUAAAAAGAAAA